AUGGGGCGCCUCUCAGCGGUGUCUCUCAUUUUCGCCUGUGGUACGGCGCUAUUUUCGGAUGGCUACGCUAAUGGAAUCAUCGGAGCAGUUAACACUAUACUGACUCGUUUAUAUCCCGGAAGUAAGUUCGGGACGCAGUCUUAUAGCGACAUCUUGACGAGUAUCGCAUUCGCUGGGACUGUAUGUGGUAUGCUUCUCUUUGGUUGGAUUUCAGAUAAAGUUGGACGCAAGGCGGGCAUGAUGUCCGCCGCUCUUAUCGUUGCGCUCUUUUCCGCAUUGUCCGCUGGAUCAGUGGGCAUGAAAGAUAAUGUCAGUGGGACGAUUGCCUUUCUUUGUGUUUGCCGUUUCAUACUCGGCAUCGGUGUUGGUGCGGAAUACCCUUGUGGUUCGGUUUCUGCUUCAGAGCAGACGGAGCAAGAAGGCAUCGCCAAAAAUGCACAACACCGGUGGUUGGUACUUGCUACCAAUACCAUGAUCGAUGUGGGUUUUGUGAUUGCUGCUUUUGUUCCACUUGUGCUGUACUGGAUCUUUGGUGACAAUCACCUUCGUGCGGUCUGGGGUCUCUCGCUUGGUCUCGGCGCCAUUCCUGCAUUUGCUGUCUUGCUCUGGCGUUUGCGCAUGGAAGAACCCGAAUGUUAUAAGAAGAACUCAAUGAAAGCUGUGCGAAUCCCCUACGGACUCGCCUUAGCGCGGUACUGGAAGAGUUUGCUCGGAUUGUCGUUGGCGUGGUUCAUUUACGAUUUCAUAACGUAUCCCUUUGGCAUUUAUUCUUCUACAAUUACAAACAAUGUCACAGGAGGCAGUUCGUCGUUAACGGUUGUGUUUGGGUGGGCCGUUGUCAUCAAUUUAUUUGAUAUUCCAGGAACAGUGCUGGGCGCGUUCUUCAUUGAUUACAUUGGUCCGAAGAACACCAUGGCAUGUAUUACACACCGCCAGAUUUUUGGCUUGCUCUCACAGGCUGUUAUUGGCUUCAUCAUGAGCGGCCUGUAUAGCCCGCUCACUAAUCAUAUCGCCGCAUUUGCCGUCGUCUACGGGAUUUUCUUAAGCCUUGGUGAACUCGGACCCGGCAAUUGUCUCGGUGUCCUUGCGGCAAAGACCGCUCCCACGGCUGUCCGCGGACAAUUCUACGGCAUCGCAGCCGCAAUUGGAAAAGUUGGAGCGUUCGUUGGAACAUGGGUUUUCCCACAAAUUAUCAAUGCCUUCGGCGGUUCAAAGACUGAGAAGGGCAACACUGGCCCAUUCUGGAUCGGUAGUGGCCUUGCUGUUGUCAGUGCACUCGUGACGUUUCUCCUGGUGAAGCCUCUCACGCAUGACGGUAUGAAAGCCGAAGACGAAGCUUUCCGUCAAUACCUGGAAGAGCACGGAUUUGACGUGAGCGUUAUGGGCAUCCCCGGCAACGUGUCGUCAGCGGCAUCAGACAUGGAGAAAGAUGACAAGUUGGCGGCGUAA